UGAGCAAGAGAAAGGGGCCAGCUAAUAAACUGACUGCAUAAAAACUAGAGCUGUCUUUUGAAAGGAUUCAUGAGAAGGCAGAGACUGCUGGCAAGAGAAAACAAUGGCUGAAGAAAGUAACAGUUUAGUGCAACAAAUUAAUAAGCUAUUUGAUGAGAAUAAAGACAACAAGAAUGAAGAGCUUUUUUUUACUUUCAAAGAAGUUUUGUAUCCUAAUCGCCUUUGUAGUGCAGAAACCUUUGAAGCACUGGAAACUAUGGAAGCAAGAAAGGAUGAUAUGCUGGUCAUCGCUUAUCCCAAAUGUGGUACCAACUGGGUAUUUCAAAUUCUAACUGAAAUGGUAGCUGCAAUUUCUAGUAAUAAGGAGUUACCACUACCAAGACACCACUUAUUGCUUGAAUUUGGAGGCCCAGAAAAAUUUCUGAAAAUGAAAGAACAACCAUCUCCCCAUUAUUAUGUAACUCAUCUCCAUUAUGAUAAUAUUCCAAAAUCCUUUCUGGAGAACAAAGUGAAGAUGCUAGUGGUAUUUCGAAAUCCCAAAGAUACAGCUACAUCCUAUUAUCAUUUUUGCAACAAAAAUCCUUUGCUUCCUAAUGCCAGUUCCUGGGAUGAUUUCUUUCAAAAGUUUAUGAAUGGUGAAGUGGCGUGGAAUUCCUACUUUGACCAUGCUCUUGCUUGGGACAAAUAUAUGGAUGAAGAAAAUAUAAUGAUAAUCACUUAUGAAGAACUGAAAGAAAACCUUCUGGAAGGAGUCAAACAAAUUGCUGACUUUUAUCAACUCCCUCUCUCUGAUGAGAUGAUUAAGUCUGUUGCAGAUAAUGCUACUUUUCAAGCAAUGAGUAGCAAAUAUCCAGAAGUUAUGGGUCAAUUUGCUUCUGUUAUUUUCAGAAAAGGUGAAGUGGGCGAUUGGAGAACUUUGUUCACUGAAGCUCAGAGCAAAGAAAUGGAUGCAAAAUUUGAAGCAUGUUUAGCUGGAACUAAACUGGGUGCAAAACUAAAAUAUGAUAAAUAUUGCAAAUUUUAAGAUAUUUACUUUCAAAAUAAAUUGGGUUUUAGUUAUACCUUUUUUAAAUGAGAAAUUAAAUUAAUAAACUAAUAAAAAUAAUAUAUAUUUCAAGAUUUUUUUACUGUUUGGUUUUGCUUUAUGUUUACUCAAUCUAAUUUUAACUUUCAAACAGGAAACAAAGUUUGGGAAUCAGCAUGUAAAUGCUGUAAAGGUGUUAUUACAAAAUUGUCUUUAUUUUUAAUAACUGUCAUACUUUUAAAAGACAACAAUUUUAUCCUUUUUGAAACAACAUUGUAAUUCACAAACACUUUUGUCAUAUCUAAUUCUGCCAAGAGUUAGAGAUUCAACAUUUUCUCUUGCUGAUAUGUUCAUUUGACAGAAAAUACUGUAGAAUAAAGUAGAAGGUAUUCUACUAUUCUAGAGCUAAUCCUUAUCAAGAGAGAGGGAUUGGUUGAAGAAGAUACACCUUGGAAAGAAGUAUUCAUUAUAUUCCAAAGAGAAACAGCUCAGAAGAGUCAACAUUGCAUACAAGACUUCAGAAGAGAAGAUUCUAAUGAACUCAACUGGAUUUAAUCCUUAAUGGGAAAAGGGUCUGGGAAGGAUAGAAAUAUGAAAGAUAGAUAUGAAGUGCUGAAGGCAUAGAUGGUCAUCGUAAAAUAAGCAUGCCCGAUUCAACAGAGAGAAAGUAUACUAAUUUAACAUUCAAAUGAUUAUAUUUAAACACAAGUGACUAAAUUAUGAAAAUGUU